AAAACCAAGAGAGCAAGCCGGGAAGUUGCGUGACUCCGGCGUCCUCCGUAAGGAGAUCGGUAACCGAGAAGGAAGGCACGGAGCUAGGGGCUUGUGUUCCUGGAAAGCUAGCACAGCGACUGCUUCCCCCGAGUGGAGAGAAGGCGCUGGGCCGAGAGAGGCGAAGCUUGGAAAGAUCCCUGCAAUCGCGCCGCCUGGACUGCUUGAAGGGGAAGGCAGGAAGGGGUCCCUGUUGGCAACAGAAUGGAAGAGGCGGCGGCGGCGGCGGCGAGUCCAUCCCACGACGAGUCCAUCCUCUACCUGAUUUCUUGCUUCAGGUCCAGGAUCAAGAAUAGCAUUCAGGUGAAUCGAGUUAUGGACUUCAUGCCGUCCUUGAGCCACGAGCACAAGGAUCGCCUCCGAGCGGCCCAGCGGAACCAAGGGGACGUCGAGGCCGCGGAGCUGCUGCUGCAGCUCUUGGAGAACGGAGCUGCGCGCUCGCCGGGCAUGUGCCAGGAGUUCUGCCAGGCGCUGGCGCAGGGCGGCUUUCUGGCCGCCGACUACGUGGACCCCAGCCUGCGCGGGCUGCCCUCGCCUGCCGCCGAAGCGGUCAACGACCUGGGCAGGUACCUGGUGGACGUGUUCUUCGGCCAUUUGGUGCAGGCGCUGCGGGCCCUGCAGGUGGCGAUGAAGUGUCUGCAGAUGAAUCUCCUCGACGACCAGGACCUGCAGCAGAUUAAAGCUGUGGAAGAUACUCGAGAGAAUGGAGAGGCAGUGAGGGAACUGUUGUACAGAGUAAUGCAAAAGAAGCACUGGUUUUCACCAUUUCUGCAAGCACUGGAGGAAGCAGGACACCCACACGUUGCAGCCGAACUAAGAGGGCACAAAAAUGAACCUUGUGAAAGGGAGACCUCUUCAGAUAAUCUUACUACAAGUGAUGAGGCUCUUGCUUCUGCAACUCAGGAAGAUCUGAAGCAGGAUGCUAAGCUGCAGCCCAAUGUGGCUGAUGAGGAGAAUGCCUCAGGGGAAUCAUUUGGAGAGGCCUCAGCAAGUUCAGAUGAUCUUGGGAAUGGAGACAAAAGAGCUUCACCUGAACCCCAGCUGUGUCUUAGAGACUACCAGAUGGAGGUGGCCAAACCAGCCCUGGAAGGAAAGAAUAUUAUCCUGUGCCUGCCUACAGGCAGUGGCAAGACCCGAGUGGCUGUUUAUGUUGCUAAAGACCAUUUGGACAAGAAGAGAAAUGCAAAAGAAGACGGGAAAGUUAUAGUGCUUGUCAACAAGGUACCAUUGGUUGAACAGCAUUUCCAGAAAGAAUUCUAUCCCCACUUGAAGCAUUCCUACCAUGUGACUAGGCUGAGUGGCGCAUCUCAGUUGAAAAUCUCAUUCCCUGAGGUUGUCAGAAGUUCCGAUGUCAUUAUCUGCACAGCUAAAAUUCUUGAGAAUGCGUUGGAAAAUGCAGACAAAGAUGAAGAAGAAGGAGUCCAGUUAUCAGUAUUCUCCUUGAUUGUUAUUGAUGAAUGCCAUCAUACACACAAGGAAGCUGUCUAUAACAAUAUCAUGCGCCGCUAUUUGAAAGUCAAGAGGAAGAAUGAGAAGCGAAUGAAAGAGGGCAAGCCACUGAUUCCUCAGCCACAGGUUCUGGGGCUCACAGCUUCACCUGGUGUAGGAAAUGCAAAAAACGCAUCAAAGGCUGAGGAACAUAUUCUGAAAAUAUGUGCCAAUCUUGAUGCAGCUGGGAUUAUGACAGUUAAUGAGCAUGACUUCCAACUGAAUAAUCAAGUGAAAGAUCCCUCUAGGAAGUUUGAGACUGCAGAGGAGAAAGGGCAGGAUCCUUUUAAAGAGAAACUCAUAAACAUAAUAACAGAGAUCCAGGCUUAUUGCAAGUUCAACCCAAAUGCUGAUUUUGGAUCUCAGCCUUACGAACAGUGGGCAGUUCAAGAGGAGAAGAAAGCUGCUAAAGAAGGAAAUCGCAAGGCGCGUGUCUGUGCGGAACAUUUGAAGAAAUACAAUGAUGCCUUGCUAAUCAAUGACACAAUUCGAAUGGCUGAUGCAUAUAACCAUCUCAACAACUUUUAUAAAGAAGAGAAGAGUAAGAAGGUGGCAGUGAAUGAGGACAGUGAGGAUAUACCCAUGGCACCAAAACCAGAUGAAACAGAUACAUUUCUUAUAGAUUUAUUUUAUGCCAACAAGAAGGAACUGCAGAAGUUGGCUACUAAUGUACAAUAUGAAAACAACAACUUGGCAAAGUUGCGCUCAACACUGAUGGAUGAGUUUACGAAAACACCUGAAACAAGAGGAAUCAUUUUCACAAAGACUCGGCAAAGUGCAUUUGCCCUGUGUCAGUGGAUUAAAGAAAUAGCCAAAUUUGAGGAAAUUGGAGUGAAGGCUCACUACCUUAUCGGUGCUGGACAUAGCAGUGAAUUUAAGCCCAUGACUCAGAAUGAACAAAGAGAAGUCAUUGAAAAAUUCCGGACUGGAAAAAUCAAUCUACUUAUUGCUACUACUGUUGCAGAAGAAGGCCUGGAUAUUCCGGAGUGUAACAUUGUUAUACGCUAUGGUCUCAUUACCAAUGAAACAGCUAUGAUACAGGCUCGUGGCAGAGCUCGAGCAGAGGAAAGUACCUAUGUACUCGUGGCAUCAAGUGGGUCAAAAGCUAUUGAACGAGAAAAUGUCAAUAUCUACCGUGAGAAAAUGAUGCACAAAGCAAUUAAGCGUGUCCAGAAUAUGUCCCAAGAAGACUAUUUGCAUAAGAUUAAAAGCUUCCAAUUGCAAAGUAUAAUGGAGUUAAAAAUGAAAGCUAAGAAACAACAGUGUAAAACAUACAAGGAAAAUCCAUCCUUGGUUACAUUCCUCUGCAAAAACUGUAUGAAGCAAACAUGUUCUGGAGAAGACAUUCAGGUUAUUGAUGACAUGCAUCAUAUCAAUGUGAAAAAGGAAUUUGAGAACCUUUAUAUAGUAAGAGAAAACAAGACCCUGCAAGCAAAAGAAGCCGAUUAUCAGGCAAAUGGGGAAAUCAUCUGCAAAGACUGUAGACAAACUUGGGGAAAUAUGAUGGUACACCGAGGCUUGGAUCUACCCUGCUUAAAAAUAAAAAAUUUCGUGGUUGUAUUCAAAAACAGCAAAAGUACUUCAAACAAAAUCUUCAGUAGAUGGGGAGAGCUGCCCAUUAAGUUUCCCGUUUUCAGUUAUGUAGAUCGAUACGCAUCCAGUGAUGAAGAUUAAGAAGGCCAAAGAGAAAGGUAGAUACAGCGUCUUUUUCAGCUUACUAAACUGAGACAAGGUCUGAGGGCAAAUUCAUGCAUGAAUACUUACCAAUAAGUGUCUGAAAAUAUCUAGCAUCAGGAGAACAGCAAGUGCAAAUAUAAUCACAAUAUUUGGUACUGUGCUAUGUUGCUUGAUGAUUUACAUUCUAGCUAUACCAGUUGCUCUUGUGGGAAAGGUAACCUGAGACUUGUUCAGGCAGUGUGGAACAAUUCACUAAAUUACAGAAAGCAUUAAGUCAAAAAAAGGUGAUUUUUGUUACCAUUUCUGAUUACUAUGUUCAAAUUUAUAUGUAGCAUAUAAAAGAAAUCCUAUGUGUUUUUGGCUUAAACUUAGAUUUAAUUAAAUUUAGUCCAUGUUCAUCACACUCACAAUUGUGGAGGUUCUUUACAGAAAACAUAAGUGAUAUGUGUACAAUUUUCCAGUAAAUAAUGGAUGAAUUAAGGCUCAGUUUGCUGCUGUGAAGUGGCCCGACUGGGUAUGUUUUUCAGCUAUGUAGUGUUUUUCAUCUUAGACUGCUUGUAGUUCAAUUUUUACAUGACAAUAAAACAUAAAAAUAUGACAUUUA